AGACCCCUGAAUCACAAGUCUGCAGGUGUGUGUGAACAUUCGGAAUCUCCCAGGGGAUGCUGACAGAGGAGGGUCUUAGAACCCCUGUUGUAAAGGUUCACAUGAGCCCACGGUAUAGAGGGCACCCGGACUGGCCAACAGAUGAGCUCAUCAAUCAAUACGUUAUUUGCCCCAGUCGGGCAAACUUGCCCCUUCACAAGUCUCACCUGGGGAGUCUGCCAAAGUGCAAAUUGUGAGCCAAUUCCCCGCGGUUUCCGAAUUGGAAUAUGUGGGUGCGGUGGAGGAAUCUGCGGGUUUUUUUUUCCUUUGGCCGCACCGCGCUGCUUGUGGGAUCUUAGUUCCCCAACCAGGGAUCAACCCGGGCCCGAAGCGCGGAGUCCUAACUACUGGACCGCCAGGGAAUUCCCAGGAAUCUUCAUUUUUAUAGAUAUUAACCCCGUGUACAGCGGCCCGGGGCCGCGUCUUUGUAGCCAGGUCAAGCCGUGACAUGCAUUUACUCCUGGCCCCGAAGCCCACCCGCAGUUUGACUCGCAGUGUUGUUGGGCAGGCGCCCGGGGCAGGUGAAGGGACACGGAAGGCCGUACUAGGUGCAGGUGGGCCGGCGGCGCCGGGCGCGCUGCCCACGGGAGGGGGCGGGGCCUGCCCACGAGAGGGGCGGGGUCCGCUCGCAGCCUCGUUCAGGCUCGCCAAUCCGCGGGCUCGUAGCAUCCGCGGUCCCCGCCUUCCGCCGCCCCGCGGAGAACGCCGCGUUUCUAUAGGCCGGCCGAGGCACUUUCCGGCCAGAGGCUGGGCAUUGCUCGGUGGCGGGAAAGCGGCGGCUGCAGCGCGUCUUCCCGGACGCUGAGGGGCCGGAGGCGGCGGCGAGUCCCGGGCUAGCCGCAGGCCCCACCAUGGACGCGGCCGAGGUGGAGUUCCUGGCCGAGAAGGAGCUGGUCACCAUUAUCCCGAACUUCAGUCUGGACAAGAUCUACCUCAUCGGGGGCGACCUGGGGCCUUUCAACCCCGGCUUACCAGUGCAGGUGCCUCUGUGGCUGGCGAUCAACCUGAAACAGAGACAGAAGUGUCGGCUGCUCGCCCCCGAGUGGAUGGACGUGGAAAAGUUGGAGGAGAUUCGGGAUCAUGAACGAAAGGAAGAAACUUUUACCCCUAUGCCCAGCCUUUACUACAUGGAGCUCACCAAACUCCUGUUAAAUCAUGCUUCAGACAACAUCCCGAAAGCAGAUGAGAUCCGGACCCUGAUCAAGGACGUGUGGGACACUCGCACAGCCAAGCUCCGGGUGUCUGCUGACAGCUUCGUGAGACAGCAGGAGGCACACGCCAAGCUGGAUAACUUGACCUUGAUGGAGAUCAACACCAGUGGGGCUUUCCUCACACAAGCGCUCAAUCACAUGUACAAACUCCGCACGAACCUGCAACCUUCUGACAGCUCCCAGUCUCAGGACCUGUAGGCAGAGACUGGUUUGUAGAGGCCCGUGUCUGCCAGCAGGAGGCUCACCGGGUGGCCUGAGUGCUUGAGACGUGACAGAGGUACUCACAUUUCCAGAGUUCUAGAACUACUUCUGAAUGUAUGCAAAAAACCGCAGUGAAGCAAGGGAUGGGUUCAUAACCUUGUUGGCAAGCAACAGGCUUGUGCUUAGUCCUCGAGACAUUCUGUAACUCCACGUCUGUAUCUGGAAGCCAGCUGUCCUUUCAUGGGGAAAUGAGAAAAGCAUUGGCAGAACGAAUCAUUUCCCUAGCAGAGCUCUGGGUCUCCUGCACGGGACUGUCGUGUGCAGGUGAGUGUUCGGUGCCGUCCGGUGUUGCUUUUAAGAUGGAGAUGUAGCAGGAUGGUAACGUGGCCGCGGCCAUUUUUCUCCCUUCUUGAUCCUCAUCUCUGGGGCUAAAUCUAGUCUGCUACAGAGGCUCUUCACACGGAGGAGGACAGGAGAUGAGUGGCGACUGACAGCAACCCAUAUUUAUCAUCUAAGCCCUGAUACACAAUAAAGAUGGAAUCAACCCACA